AUGGAAGACACGACAUUCACAAAGGUGUUCGUUGGAGGAUUAGCUUGGGAAACCCAUAAAAUCUCUCUCAGGAAUUACUUCGAACAGUUUGGUGACAUUGUUGAAGCUGUCGUUAUCACUGAUAAAUCCAGCGGCAGAUCCAAAGGCUACGGCUUUGUGACUUUUUGUGAUCCGGAAGCAGCUCAGAAAGCUUGUGUAGAUCCAGCUCCUGUCAUCGAUGGGAGAAGAGCUAAUUGCAAUCUUGCAGCUUUUGGUGUUCAGAGAUCAAAACCUUCUUCUCCAAUUCACGGACACGCAGGAGGAAGAGGCGUGAAGAUCACAAGCCCUUUCAAGACACACUUUGGAGCGGCUGCUGCUCUCCCUUCCCCAGUUCCAUACUCUCACUACACACUUCCUUACACUAAUCCUUUUGGGUUCUCUUCCUACUCAAUGGAUUACAAUUACCCCACAAGCUACUACAAUGUUUAUGGAGGAGCAACUGCUCAGCAUCCAAUGUAUAGCAGUGGACCAAUGACUGGUGUAGCAGCAGCAGCAGCUUUCUACCCAUAUCUCCAGUUUGCUGAAGGAAACGGACCCGUCACUGGUUAUGCACCUCUCCACUACCCAAACCACAUGUUUCACUACUCCCCUCUUGCCUCCUCGACCGGAGGAAACUACUCACAUCACAACGGUUCACCAGUCUCUCUUGCACCUUCACCGGUCAUACCAUCAGUUUGCUUUGCAGUUCCACAGGCUUGA